AUGGAUACCCGAUCCAGUGUCAGCGACCACAAACUCCCUGUUGGUGAUGAUUCUAAAAUCCCUGUCGAGAAUGAAAUUCUCGCAGUCACGCCCACUGGGGAAGCGCGAUCAAUGUCAGCCAGUAUAGCAAUUGAUCUCGUGGCAGAGAGACGACUGGUGUGGAAGUUCGAUCUUCGAAUCCUACCCACUCUUGCUGUGAUGUACCUCUUCAACGCUUUGGAUAAGAGCAAUUUGGGCAAUGCAAAGACCGCCGGAUUGGAGGAGACAUUGCAUUUACGAGGAGACGAUUACAAUCUCAUUCUGUCCAUCUUCUUCAUCCCAUACGUGUUGACUGCACCUUUCCUGGCCGUCGCAGGCAAAAAGUAUGGGCCUAGCCGCGUCCUGCCGCUCAUGAUGGCCUGUUUCGGCUUCAGUACUCUGAUGGUGGUUGCCGUCCAGAAUUUUGGAGGCUUACUAGCUUGCAGGUGGUUCUUGGGCAUGGCGGAAUCUGCAUUUUUCCCCUUGGUGAUAUAUUAUCAGACAUUGUUUUACCGUCGGGGUGAACUCGCCCGCCGUUUGGCUAUUUUCUACGCAGCAUCCAAUAUUUCCUCGGCCUGGGGAGGCCUUCUGUCAUUCGGCGUCUUCCAGAUCCACUCCGGUAGUCUCGCCAACUGGCGUUACUUGUUCGUCAUCGAAGGAGGAUGCUCCAUGCUCUUUGCCGCGUUUGCAUUCUGGUACUUACCCUACAACGCGCAAUCCGCCAGGUUCCUGAACGAAGAAGAAAAGCAUCUCGCUUUCUAUCGGAUCCAAGUGGACUCCUCUUCGGUCGUCAAUGAAAAGUUCAAUCUCGCAACGGCACUGGCAGUCUUCAAGCAACCAACAAGCUGGGUUAUCCUUUUGAUUGAAAUGUGCCUGGGCGUCCCACUACAAUCGGUGUCUCUCUUUUUGCCAGUCAUCAUUAAGGAGCUUGGGUAUAGUACUGUAAAGGCAAAUCUCUACACUGUCGCGCCAAAUGUGUCGGGAGCGGUGAUGCUCCUCAUCCUCGCUUUUGCUAGCGACUUCACCCGCUGGCGCUUUCCCUUCGUUGCGCUCGGUUUCACCUUGACUUUCAUCGGCUUUAUCAUCUACGCAGCGGUCGACAAUGACACGCAACUGAACGUCGCUUAUUUCUCCUGCUUUAUGAUGACGUGGGGAACGUCAGCACCAUCGGUAUUGCUUGAUACAUGGGUUUGCAACAAUCUUGCAAACGAGAAUCAGAGAGUCAUGCUCACCAGCGCAGGCGUACCGCUUGCCAAUUUGAUGGGCAUUAUCAGCUCUAACAUCUUCCAAAACAAAGAUGCGCCCAAGUACCUUCCGGCUCUCAUUACAACUGCGUGCUUCGGCGCUACAGGCUGUCUGCUAACUUUGUCUCUCGGUGGCUGGAUGAUUAUCGACAAUAAACGACGAAACAUCAAAGCAGGCAAAAAAAUCCGUGCCAAAGAUGUUUCUUCAGAAAUCCUGAGAGAUGGCCCUCGCACGCCCGCGUUCAGAUGGUUCUACUAG